GCCACUGCAGCAACAGCCGGGUGAGGGACAGCGAACUGCCGGCUGGGAGUGCGCAGGGAGGAUGUUCCGGGUCCCAGUGCUGAUAUGGUCUAAGAAGCGGGAAGUCUCUCUCCUCAGCCUGGCCCCGGCAGCCCUGCUCCUCGAGCAGGCCAGGAGGCGGGCGCCACACAGGAGGAGCGCACGGCAUACAACACUGGGGACGCACAGCCCAACAGGCAGUCCGGGCGGCCGCGGGACUCGAAGAGACCAAUAGACUGCAGGAGGUGACUGAGGUCCCGUCUAAUUCAGGGGCUACGCCCGACACGAGGCGAAGGUCGCGGACGAGCGCGACGGCGAACGUGGAGGUACGGCCAUCAGCGGAGGCGGGUGCAGCGGACGACGCGGUUCCGGGUCCUUCGAACUCCGGUGAGCUAAACAUUCCUUUACACGUUUCAACUUGUAGUUCCUCGUCUUCUAGCAGCGUAUCAUCCGGCUCUCCGCGGCGCCCGCGUAAAUUAGCUAGGCUCAUCGCGCGGCGAAUGGCUAAGGAGGGGCAUAAGGUGGCCGCUCCUGCGCAGGUGGUCCCCUCUGACCCACCCCGUUACGGCGAGAUGGUACAUUGCGCCAACACGGCAGUUACAAGGGGGGUUCGCAAGCGCAUGCGGGAAAAAAUCCGUAAGGGGAAGUAUGUAGACAUAUUCACCCUUACGGAGGAAAUGCGGCAAGGUUUUGACGCAGCCAAGAAGCCGGGUGGUAUGGGGGAAAAUGCGUUUCGCAAUUUUCACCAGUGGCUGCGUGGUUUUUUGGUAUUCAUGGCUUGCUACACGGAAUCGCGUCCCUCGGAGUAUGCCAACUUGGUGAAAUAUUUGUUUUUAGUACACGAUAUGUACUUGAAAUCCAAGGGUUCCGCGUGGCGGGAUUACGACGAGAAGUUUUGUCGCAAUCAGGAUGGCAACCCCAUCCUGCCCGCGGGUUUCAAGGAUGUUGAGGUGUGGUUGGAGGUCACGCAGCAGGUCAAACCCACCCCGGACGUCACGGCCAAGAAGCCCGGGGCGGCCGGGGCGGCGGCUUCCCGAUUGGCGGGGAAAGGCAAGUGCUUUGCCUACAACGACGGCAAAUGCGUCAAAGGAACGAGUUGUCGUUUUCGCCACUCAUGUAGGUUGUGCGGAGCAAGUCACCCGGCCAAGGAAUGCACCGCGGCGACAGGCAGUAAGCCUGCCGCUUCCACCGAGGCCGGUGGAGUUGGCAAGUAAGGCCUUCUCCCCGAUUAUAGUUCCCGAGUUGCAGCGCUGGCUUAGCUUGUACCCCGAUGAGGCGGCGGCAUCGUUUCUCUUGGAGGGUUUUCAGCACGGUUUUCGUUUGCCAAUUCCGGAUUCGGUGUAUGUGGUUGCACGCCAGAAUUUGAGAUCGGCUCGGGAAUUCCCGCAGGAAGUCCGGCGGAAGGUUGACGGAGAAAUUGGGCUGGGGCGCAUGGCUGGGCCCUACGCCCUUUCCCCGUUGCCCUCCUUGUGCAUUUCCCCAGUAGGGGUAGUGCCCAAGAAGGCCAUAGGCAAGUUUCGUUUGAUACAGCACUUGUCGCACCCGCCGGGGUUGUCGGUCAACGACGCUAUCCCGGAAGCCCAGUGCAGAGUUCAAUAUCAGUCGUUCGACGACGCGCUGCGCUUAGUGCGGGAUUGUGGUCCGGGGAGUCUGUUGGCAAAAUUGGACGUGGAGUCGGCCUUUCGGCUACUCCCGCUACACCCAGAUUCCCUGCGGUUUCUGGGUUUCAAAAUAGGGGGCGAAUUCUACGUCGAUCGGUGUCUCCCCAUGGGUUGCUCUGUCUCCUGCGCCUACUUUGAGUGCUUUAGCAUAUUUUUACACUGGUGCGUCCAGACCGCCUCCGGGCAACUGGGGGUGGCUCACUACCUGGAUGACUUUCUUUUUGUAGGGCCCGGGGACAGUUCGGUCUGUGGGGACAUUCUCUCGGUGGCCAGGUCGUUAUUCUGCGCUUUAGGGGUACCGGUUGCGCAGGAUAAGUGCGAGGGUCCUUGCACUUGUCUUAGCUAUUUAGGUAUCGAAAUUGACACGGUAGGGGGGUGCUGUCGCUUGCCCGAGGAUAAGGUGCGGAAACUAUUGGGUUUGAUUACAGACUGUUUAGGAAAACGCAGGGUUCGGCUUAAGCAUGUGCAGUCCUUGCUUGGUUCUCUCAAUUUUGCAUGUCGGAUUAUCCCCAUGGGUAGGAUUUUCUGUCGCAAACUUGAGCGGGCCACCGCGGGGACGGUUCGGCAGAAUCACUCCGUGUACCUUUCCCGCGAGAUCAAGGAUGAUUUGUGGAUUUGGGUCUCGUUCCUGGUGUCUUUCAACAGGGAAGUUUUGUGGCCCGCUCCUUGUUGUUCCAGUAAGCAGCUGCAAUUGUUCACGGAUGCUUCCGGCAGUCUAGGGUUUGGCGCGUUCUUCGCUGGCGCAUGGUGCGCUGCGGCCUGGCCGGCAUCUUGGGUAACGCGUGGGUUUACCAAGAACCUGCUUUUGCUGGAAUUGUUCCCGAUCUUAGUGGCGCUUGAGUUAUGGGCCGGACGGUUCGCAAAUAGGGACAUUUUGUUUCUUUGCGACAACUUGGGGGUAGUGCAUGCGAUUAAUAAUCAGCGUUCCUCCUCUCCGCAGGCGCUGCGACUGCUAAGGCAUUUAGUGUUGGUUUGUUUGCAGUGCAAUAUUAAUUUUAGGGCUCGCCACGUUCCUGGAGUUGACAAUGGAAUUGCGGAUGCAUUGUCCCGGUUCCAGUUUGACAAAUUCAGGAAGUUGGUUCCGGGAGCGGAGGCAGAGGGGUUACAGUGCCCACCUUCUGUCUGGCAGAUGGUCGAAGCGGUUUAACGGCAUUAGCCAGGUGUGCACUGGCUCCCUCCACGCUACGAGCGUAUGAUGCUGCAUGGCGGGAUUGGUCAGCCUUUCAGAAUAGGUACGGGGUAGCAGGUGAGUCCUCGGCCGACGCCCUGUUGACCUUUGUUUGGGAGCAUUACCAGAACGGCAGGUCAAAAGCGGCCAUGGCUACUGCCCUUGCGGGCAUCGCCUUUCACUCGCGACUCCACGGGACGGCGGACCCCACGGGGUCGUUUGUCCUUUCCAGAGCGCUGAAAGGCUGGGCUAGGUUGCACCCGGCGCCUGCGGAUUCGCGUAGGCCUAUAACGUUGCAGCUGCUAGCAGAUUUGCUGCGUGUGCUACCUCAGAUUGCGUCCUCGGAGUUUGAGGUGGCAUUGUUUAGUAGCGCGUAUGCCCUGGCCUUUUUUGGGGCUUUUCGGGUGAGCGAGUUAGUGGCGAGCAGCAAGGCGUCCCGGGAAUCGGGUCUGCUCUACGAGAAUGUGCGCCUGCAGGAGGGCCUGUUGCUCUGUAGGAUUGUGCGGUCCAAGACAGAUCAAACAGGUCGGGGUCGCUGGUUGUCCUUGGAGGCUCAGGGAAGUACGGGCGUUUGCCCGCUGCGGUUGACGCAGGAGUAUGUGCGGUUAAGACCUCCGGGGGGCAACCAGUUGUUGGUGCACGCGCAGUCGGACCCUCUGACAAAGUUUCAGUUCUCAUCAGUGUUCAAGAAAUGUUUGACGGCGUUGGGCUUACAGGAGGCGGACUUCGGUACUCAUUCCUUUCGGAUUGGGGCGGCUACCCAUGCGGCGGCCGCUGGUUCAUCACCGGCGGCUAUUCGGGAGUUGGGUCGCUGGAAGUCGGCCUCCUAUAAGUCUUAUGUCCGUAUAGAUAAGUUAUAAGUGCGCCUGUUGCGCUAACCCAAAAACAUGUUUACUCGUCGGUUUUUGAACGCUUACCGUUCAGGAAUCGAGGGUGUGAAGCGAAUUUUUAAAAUUUUUCCUCCGAGGGGGCCUAAUUUCAAUUGGCUGUUCUAUCAAGGUCCACGGGAGGUUUUUUGAGUUUUCUCCUUCACUUGGGUUUAAUUGGUUACGUUGUGUUUAAGUUACAGAUUAUGUGCAUAAUCUGACAUUAGGAUAAUUUCUUUUACAGCUGUCAUCAAUUUCGGAGACCACAUAUGGAUGGUUGGUCAUUCAUAUGUUUUUUGGGCGGAGAAACAUCCUAUGGCGUCUAGGGCGACUGAGAUUUUUGGGUCCAGGCAAUUUAGAUGGUUAGGUGUCAGGGGCAUGUUGUGGGGUGAUCUGUUGCGCGUCCUUUUUUCUAGGGAGCGCCGCUGGGGUCGCCCCAGUUGUAUUAUCAUUCAUUUGGGUGGUAAUGAUCUGGGCCGAGUUAAAGGCAUAGACUUGAUUUUGUCUAUAAAGGCGGAUGUGGUGGCGAUACGUUGUCACUGGCCUGGGGUAUGCAU